AUGGCACCUGGAAGGAUAUCGCCACCCGGAUCACCCAUUUCCUCAGAACCGUCAUCUUCUGAUAUCUCAGCAUACCGGGGGUACCACCAUGUCCACUGGUAUGUUGGCAACGCAAAGCAAGCCGCUUCCUUCUAUGUAACGCGUAUGGGCUUUGAGCGAGUUGCAUACCGUGGUCUCGAGACUGGCUCGCGCUCUAUCGCUUCCCACGUGAUACGGAACGGCAAUGUUACCUUCGUCCUCACAUCGCCACUUCGGGGUUUAAAUCAAAGCUCAAGAUUCAGUGAAGAAGAUGCAAAGCUAUUGAAUGAGAUUCAUGAGCACCAAGAAAAGCACGGAGAUGCAGUGAAGGACGUCGCCUUCGAAGUCGACAACCUCGACGCAAUCUACUCCUCCGCCAUCUCCGCAGGCGCUGAAUCCAUCUCCGCACCACACACUCUCAAAGACGCCAACGGCACCGUGCGCCUCGCAACGCUAAAAACCUACGGCGAUACUACUCACACGCUCAUCGAGAAGUCCUCCUACAGCGGCAUCUUCCUCCCCGGCUACGCCCCGCCCCACUGGGACGAAAUGGACAACAUCUGCGACUACUACGAGCGCGUGCUCGGCUUCCACCGCUUCUGGUCCGUCGACGACAAGGACAUCUGCACCGAGUACUCCGCGCUGAAAAGCGUAGUAAUGAGCUCCCCCAACGACGUCGUCAAGAUGCCCAUCAACGAGCCCGCGCACGGAAAGAAGCAGUCGCAGAUCGAAGAGUACGUCGAUUUCUACGGCGGCCCGGGCGUGCAGCACAUUGCGCUCCGGACGGACAACAUCAUCCGCGACAUAACGAAUCUCAAAGCGAGAGGUGUAGAGUUUAUCAAGGUGCCGGAUACGUACUAUGCGGCGAUGAGGCAGCGGUUGAAGAGCAAGGGGAUGAAGCUCGAGGAGGACUUUGAGGUGCUGCAGAGUCUGGAUAUACUUAUUGACUUUGAUGAAGGCGGGUAUCUGCUGCAGUUGUUCACGAAGCACUUGAUGGACCGGCCGACGGUGUUCAUUGAGAUCAUUCAGAGGAACAACUUUGAUGGGUUUGGGGCUGGUAACUUCAAGAGCUUGUUUGAGGCUAUUGAGAGAGAGCAGGAGCUCAGGGGGAACCUUGUAUGA